AGGGUAUUAUCCGUGCUCGCUCACGGACGAAAGAUGUUUUACUGUAUUUUGUUUCCGUUUUGUUGUUAGUAAACGCACCGUCAGUUGUUGGUUUUAUUUCGAUUGUUUUACCCAGUGCACAGUGUAUUCCCCACGAAAUCCGGAUCGUGUUUGCGCACACCAAGUGUGCAUGUAAACCAGUGAAGUUUUACAUUCGCGAUCGCAUCCCGCACAUUUCCAUUCCACCUCGGUAGGGUUGUUCCAGAAUGUCCCGUUACAACCAAACGCAUGCAGGCUACGCACAGACCUUUAAGCUGGUCGUUGUGGGUGGAGGAGGUGUUGGCAAAUCCGCUAUCACCAUCCAAUUCAUUCAGAGCUACUUUGUGACAGACUAUGAUCCUACGAUCGAAGAUUCCUACACCAAACAAUGCGUCAUCGACGAUGUACCUGCAAAACUCGAUAUUCUCGACACGGCCGGUCAGGAAGAGUUCAGUGCAAUGCGCGAACAGUACAUGCGUUCCGGGGAAGGUUUCCUGCUGGUGUUUGCCGUAACCGAUCACGCGAGCUUUGACGAGAUAUACAAAUUCCACAAGCAAAUACUGCGAGUGAAGGAUCGUGACGAGUUUCCAAUGCUAAUGGUGGGCAACAAGUCGGAUCUCGAUCACCAACGCGUUGUGUCGCUGGAAGAGGCGCAACAGUUAAGCCGGCAGCUAAAAAUUCCAUACAUCGAGUGUAGCGCGAAGUUGCGCAUCAAUGUCGACCAGGCGUUUCACGAGCUCGUGCGUGUGGUGCGAAAGUUUCAGCUGUCCGAGCGGCCACUUGUGGACGAGAAGGGCAAACGAAAGAACAGGAAAAAGUGCUGCCUCCUGUAAAGCGGGCGUGCGUUUCCUUUCCUAUUUGUCUUUAGUACUACCACUGCUUCCUCAUCACUAUACCCAGCACACUCACCUCCUAGAACCGUAAAUGCAGUAAAUUCCUUUUUUCCGUUUUUUUAUUUUAUUUUUACAAAUGUAUACGUUUGUUUCGCAUACGACGGUCCCGCGCAUAUGUCGAUAUGGAAACCGUGCAGAUCAACAAACUAGUGCAAACUAGUGCGAAACACUCGAAAAGCAAAAUCCCUCACUAAUCCAUGUUUUAGCAUUUAAGCUACUAAAUCGUUACAGUGCAUGUUUCUCGGAUAGGAUGUUUUAAGUGCCAAAGUGCCCACAUCCUGCUAUAAGCGGGUGACCGUAAUAUAUUGAUUGUUUGUUACGAAUGGCAGAAGGUGAAGUGUAUUAAACUGCCAGCUGAUUGAGCCCUGCUAUUGAUGGGUAUGCAUGUACUCUCAUUUUUAUUUAAAGUUUAACUACAUUUGCGUGUCGCUAAGCACCAAAAUCGAAAUGUUAAUGUAACAUACUAAUAUCAUACUGUCAGGAACUGGUACGUUUGCUGCUAGAAGGGGGGGAGGAAAACAACAGGCAGCCGCCAUUGGACGUUGUGCCAUAGCAGAGCAAUAAUGAAAUUAUGUAAAAUAACGUACAACGUUUUGCACAAAUUUACACAACGAACGACGAAGGCACGUGUUUUCAAUUCACGCUUUUUAAUUCAUUACACCGUUGAUAAGGUUGUAAUGCAAUUUAAACCCACAAUGGAAACAAACAUGAUUUCAUUUGCAUUAUUUAUCGUUAAUCUCUUUGGGCUACAAUGAUUAAUAUUGUUCAGUGAGCAUUUUUUUUUUGGAUGAUUUCGUGUGCAAGGAAGAAAAAGGAACGUAUCAUAGUGGGUUUUUUUAAUAAGCAUCGUGUGAGUGUUUUUUACAGCACUACCCCAAUGCAAAUUAAAAAAUAAACGAAUAAAAAAAACAACAAAUAUCAAUGGCAAAUCAGCAUAUAUCAUCUACGAAUUUGAAGACGUAAAUGCGUCACAUAUAUUUAAAAAAUAUCGAAAGACUUAUUCGUAGUUAACUAAGUGUUGAACAUUUUGCGAUACAAACGUGGUCGUGGUUUGAGCUUCACGCGAAGGUAGGCAGUUAGAACAUAUACAACGUGAAACAUGUUUUAGUGUAGAAUAUAAUAAGCUAACCAAGUGUUAAGCUGUGUAGAAAACAAAGGACGGUUUAAAUCCGUACACAUCAAAGCGUUAUGCAGCUCGGUACUGCAGAGCUACAGGCGCUUCUGUGUCUAGAUCGCAGUUGUAACAACUGGCAGGAAUAAUGAUUCGUCGUUACAUAGUGAAAUAACAUAAUGUGUAACGUUCACGUAUAGCCAAGAGAAACAGUGUCUAUUAACCCAAAUAAUAACGAAACGUUAAUGAUUAGCUUUAUGUGUGCUUCGACAAAUGUUGCGACAAAUGAAAUCAGUCAGUGGUAGCCGGCGAGCGAGGAGAAGCAAAAACAGAACAAACAAACAAAAAAAACAGUACGAUCCAUUUUUAUCCACAGUACGAUCACGGGUAUUGUUUAAACCGUAAUGUUAAAAAAACGUUUGUUUAAACUGUCGCUUAGUUAGGAAAGAGAAAACAAAAACAAACGACAAAUCAAAACGAUUCGGUGCUAUAAUUCGUCUGUAAACACUAAAAUCAGGAGUACACGGAAACUGAUUGUUGAAAUGAUCUUUUGCUUUAAAAAAGAAUUUCUACAAACAGGUUGUCAGGUUAAUACGAGCUUUUUAUUUUACUUUUAACCGUUUUUUUUUUGUAUCAUUUGUCGGAAUCUUUGUUAAUCAAAUAUAUUUACCGAAUUUUAAUCUACUAAUGUUAAA